AUGGCAGAAGAAGCUCCAGCAGUUGCACCGGCUAAAGCUCUGGCCAAAUCCCAGAAGAAGAAGGCUUCCAGACCCAGGAAGGAUGGACUCAGCCUCCCGAAGCUCAUCGUCGCCGCUGUGACCGAGUCUAAAGAGCGGAAGGGGAUCUCUCUGGCUGCGAUCAAGAAGGUUCUGGCGGCCCAAAAUUUUGAUGUGACAAAGUCCAACAAACGCAUCAACACCAUCGUCACCAAGCUGGUCACCAAGGGGGUUCUAAUCCAGACUAAGGGCACCGGAGCGUCCGGUUCCUUCAAGCUCGCCAAGAAGGAGCCCAAAGUCUCCAAACCGGUUAAGAAGGUGAGCAAGAAGAGGGCUCCCGUCAAAGCUAAGAAACCUGCCGUGGCCAAGAGGGCAGCAAUUCAGAAGACAGCGGUCAAGAAAUCCCCGAAGAAGCCCAAAGUUGCAGCCAAGAAGCCCACAGCAAAGAAAACUGCAGCCAAGAAGCCCACAGCAAAGAAAACUGCAGCCAAGAAGCCCACAGCAAAGAAAACUGCAGCCAAGAAGCCCACAGCAAAGAAAACUACAGCCAAGAAGCCCACAGCAAAAAAAACUGCAGCUAAGAAAGUUGCUAAGAAGUGA